UAAGUAUUUUUAGCUACAUUUUUUCUUUGUAGAGGGAAAUAAUGGGCAAAAGAAAUAGAAGUAAAUCUCGAAAUAAGGAAAAUAGAGAUCUUAGGGCGAAGUUACAUAAACGGAAUAGACAAAGAGAUGAAAUAUGUCAUCAUAAUUAUCGUGACAGUUGUUCUCCCAGUGAGGCAGGGUCACGCAAAUCUAAAGAAUGCCCUGCUCCCCGUGGGAGGGAUUCUUUUUAUGAAAGACGUUCUCGAUCUCGGUAUCGCAGAAGUCGAUCUCCUAGGAGUCGGUCUCUCAGAACGACUUCAAACCGCUCACCUCGACACACUAGCCCUCCAGUCACUCGAUGUCGCAGCAAGACACCGUCAAGAAGUACCCGUUAUAAGGCUGUAUGUUCAAGGGAACGGGACAGCCGCAGUCCGAGUGUCGCUAUCUCGUUAUACAGUAGAUCGAACACGGACUUUUUAGCAAGCGAAACUAAUAAUCCUAGUCCUGACGGCCGUAACCUUAGUGGUGCGGCGUCAUAUUCCAAUGUGCUACAGCCAAUUAUAUCUGAAAAUUCCGAACAGGAUGAGAUUGUCCCGUCAGAACUGGUAGAGAGUGAGGAAAUUUCAAAUGAGGUAAGAAACAUUUUAGGUCCGGACCCAACCAUGAAGCCAAAGUCCAACUUUUCUCUACACAAAGCCGUGAAACCAAUUUGGGAGCAUAUUUUAAAUUUUGGGCUUCCCAAGGAGGAAAGUGAUAAACUUUUGGAUAAAUACGAAAUACCAGAGGGUUGUAGGUUCCUUACACCCCCCCGCUUGAAUCCUGAACUGGAAGCCAGUAUGAGUAACUUACAAACAGCUAGAGACCAAGCUCAUUUAAACUACCAAAUACAGUUAGGUAAGGUUUUGGUAGCCUUAGGCCCCUCUUUAAACACUAUUUUAGAGGGAGAGAGAGAUAUUCCAAAAGCUAUCAGGGACAGGCUUUUGACUAGUGUUGCUGAUUCUGGACGAAUGAUUUGUAAGGUGGUCAAUGAGAUGUCACAAAAACGACGUCAACUAAUUUCGCCUUUAAUGAAUAAACAGAUAAAAGAUAUAGUAGAAAAGUGUCCCCCUGGCGAAUUCCUCUUUGGGCCUAAUCUAGGAGAGAAGAUCCAGACAGCAAAAAGUAUGGAAAAAGUUGUGAAAGAUAUUAGGGUUUCUCAGUACCAUAAAUACCGUCCUCUCUCAAACAUUUCUCCUCUUCAAAAAAGGAAAGAAGGGGGGGAGAGAUCACACACCACCAUUAGAGGUCAGUUAAACAGGCGACGCCCGGCCUACCGGAGGAGGGACGGAAGACCACCGAAAGGGCGACCCUCAGAUCCACAGAAACGGACGUCCAACUUCAGAAACCAGUAGAGAACUAUCCACCCUCUGGCUCGUCAGCUUUCCCUGGUGGUCGCCAGAUUAUCAGGGAAUCGCUUUUAAAGAGAGACGUCCCAGAAAUAGCUGUAGAUACGCUAAUAUCUUCAAUUUCCGAAUCCACUAUGAAGCAAUACACCACAACAUAUCGCCUCUGGUGGAACUUUUGCCUGGAGAAGAAUAUCUCUGUAUUUGGACCGGCAAAUAGAGACAUCCUGACCUUCUUACAAUAUAC